AUGCUGCCGGAUGGGGCAUCUUCGGAUCGGUGGAGGACUUUCCUCCACCGGUGUUUGUCGCAACGAGUAGAUGUCGAUGAAUUCAAGGAUCUAUCGAAGCUGAUGCUAAAUCGAUCUCCCAUCAAAGAAGAUGAGCUGCUGGAUCUACUGCUUGGGGCCCGCGCCACGUCAAGUGUCACCUGGGAUCCCUUGUUGCCUGUUUAUGUUGACGGCCUCUGCAAGGCCGGCCAAGUCAAGCCAUCCGCUGCAUUGACAAGCCUCUUAAAGCAUUCAUCUAUUCGGGCAAACUCGGAAUCCAAACCUCAGAUUUCAACUCUCAUGAUCGAUAUCAAGGUCAUUCAAGAUGUCAUGAUGGCCGUCUCCACAGGCGCAAUCCCUAGGGCCCCUGCUGAAGCCGCAGAUCUCUUUGCAUCAACUGUCGAAUGGAUUGAUGCUGUUGUAUCCUGGUAUAAUGGAAACCUUGACAUAAUGCAGCAGUCGAGUGGCUUGUUGAAUAACCCCGAUGCGGUCUCACUCUUCGAAUCGGUCGGCAUUCUGCUUGCUGCCUUAUUUAAUACUUCAAAAGGGAUAGACGCACUCACCAGCACUUGGAUCGAUCGCGCUCAUCAAGGCUUGAAAGUCAAGCUCGGCCAGGCUAUCACAUCUUACCUUCCAAUGUGUGUCGAUGUAUCAUUUCAUCUUCGUCAUCGGCUAGAUACUCUCCAGAAGGAGUUCAAUCUGUAUGGCCAACAGGCUUCCAAGCAGCUGGAUAAUCCAGAAAUCGAGGGCAUGAAUGUGAAUUCUCUCCAAUUUGAGACUUCCGUGAUUGAUGGUCCGAUCAUUAACACUAGAGCUGGGCUCUAUCUGUACCUGAAUUCUAUGCUCGUGGGACGUCCCUUAGUCGACGACUCUAUUCUGAUCAAUUUCCUUACCAAUCGCUAUGAGGGCCACCAAGAAGUUCUCAUUUCGGAGAUGAUCACAGCUGCCUUCGACGUUCUCUCCAAUGGCGUCAACCGAAAUGAAUCUGGGAGAACGAUGUUUUUAUUCCGCUCAUUCCUAGUGAACAAGCUCCCUGCACUGUUCUCAGCUAUGACUACGGCAUCGAUGGUUCCAAUCCCCAUGGAUAUGUGCAUUACUCAAGCCCUCAGUAGACUUGAUCCUAACGCGUUCCCUCGUUCUCGCAAAUGCAGCAGUGUCCUCUCUGAUGCUCGCCAGGAGUUUCUUUUUGCUUGUGCAGCUCACAAACUGAUCCCAGAGUCGAGCAUUGAACGAUACCUUGGAGAGAACCCCAUGCAAACCUUGCCGGUGGGCGGUCCAUACCAAAAAGAUGACCUCGUCCCCCAGAUUACCAACAACCUGGAAAAGGCCGACCAAUUGAUUGGUGAAAUUGAGUCGAUGGAAGGUAAUGCGGGUGCAAUUGUUCGCGCUGUGACCGAGGUCAUGAAUAAUCUUUGCCACCAAAAAGAAACGGUGACCCUCAAGGGUAUAUGUAACUCACUUUCACGGCGCCCACAGGCACUGGAUGUAAUUCUGCUUUUCCGAACCUCGAAACAGGUCCUGCAACCUCUCUGUACCUUGUUGGACAACUGGCACUGGGAUGAAGAGCAGGGCGAAAACCAACUCGUUUACGACGAGUUUGGUAGUAUUCUUUUGCUAAUUCUAGCGUUCAGGUAUCGCUAUGAACUGAGCCCCUCUGAUAUCGGAAUCUCAAGCAAUAAUUCUUUCUUGUUGAAACUGUUCGACCGAGGCACCUGCAGUCAGAAGUUGAGCGGUCUCAGCGAGAAGCAGAACAAAGACCUUGGCUCGUGGAUUACAGCUCUGUUCAUUGCGGAAGGUAUCAACGAGGAGACUAUGUCCUCUUGCAGUCCCCAGGAGUUCUAUCUACUUGUAGCGACGCUGUUUGAUCAAAGUCUUGGAGCCUGUGAGUCAGGGAAGCUAGAUUUUGAAACGGUGAAAGGGGGUUUCGAAUAUCUUUUGGAACCCUUCCUCUUACCAGCUCUAGUGGUAGCCCUUGCUUGGCUAGGUAAUCACAUCUGGGAAUCUGAAACUGACCCGACAAUUCCUCUGAAAACCCUCCUCUCCCUGGUGAAGCCCAGCUCAAUCUCCGGCGAGGCCCAAGCAAUUCACAAGACAGUUCUCAACAUAACUGCCCGCCCUCUGGAAGAGCAGCUGAAAGAUGUCCGCACCAGACACCAAUCCAGAUCAGACAUCAAACCGAUUCUUGACGCCCUUGAACCAUACCUCUCUUUCCGACGCGUGGGCAGUUCACAUCGCUCCGAGAUCGACAACUGGGCCGCACAGCCAGUUGGCGGUCUCUCAGGAAGUAUUCGCAGCACACUUCAAUCUCUCGUCCUUUGGAGCAGCAACUCCGAGAUGGCCGUGCAGCCACAAUCCUACACGCAUCGUCAAAUCCUCGCCGGGAUCCGGAUUCUGGGAUCCACGCGAGUGCUCGGCGUCAUGCUCGACGAACUGAAACAACAAGCCGAAACAGGCAGCGUUGACCUGGCUCUUGAUGUCGCCGCGACUAUUGUUUGUGCGCCGAUGGCCGAGUCGUUCGCCGUUGACCAGAAUGGCUGCCAGCCUGUCGAUUCGACCAAGGAGGCGUUGCCUCGCUGCCCGAUCCUCACGCUCAGAGAUGCGUUGGCGCUGCAACACGAAAAUGUCCCCAAGAUAUCAGAGAAGGAUCCCAUACGGGCAGAAAUUGUUGUGAGGCUUUGGCGCCGUGUCAGUGUGUUAGCAGCGCCUCCGUCGCAGGUCUCGAAUAUCGAUGUCAGCAACAUCAUUCAUAAUAUGCAUCUCGGUGGUGUUGAUGGACAGGAUCGUAUGGAUCUUGAACCUACGGCUGGUGGUGUCAGCGGCCAUGGAGUCAGUGACGAUAACCCAGACAAUAUCAGCGAUAUGCUUGAUAAAGCUGCCGCCGCUGCCGCUGCUGGCAUGGACAGUGGUGUUCAAGAUCUGGGUCAGGAUUUGGGGUUGAAUGUCGGUGAUAGUGGCAUGGAUACUACCGGGAUGGAUGCUAUUGACGACGUGCUUAAUGCAGCGGAUAUGGCCGUUGGCAACCCCGAGUUCCUAGAUCUCGACAUGGAGGGGAUGUUUUGA